CCCCGGGCCGGCGGCGCCUGUCCCUGCAGGGUGAGCUCCGUGCUCAACCGGGACGUGAAGCAGUUCGGGAAGAAGCACAUGUUCGACGCGAGCGAGGAGACGUGCUGGAACUCGGACCAGGGCACGUCCCAGUGGGUCACCCUGGAGUUCCCCCGCACCGUCAAGGUCUCGCGGCUCCACAUCCAGUUCCAGGGGGGAUUCUCCAGCCGGCUGUGCACGCUGGAAGGCUGCAGAACGGGCGAGGAACUGGUGAAAAUAUCUGACUUAUACCCCGAGGAUGUCAACGCCCUGCAGAGCUUCCAGGUGGAAGAGACGGCUCUGGAUAAGCUGAGGAUCACCUUUGAGAACAGCACCGACUUCUUCGGGAGGAUCGUGGUGUACCACCUCAGGGUGCUGGGGGAGAGGCUCUAGGGCAGCAGUGAGGGACCACGGGGUGGGUCGCUCCCUGAUGACUGGCGUCCCCAUGGCCAGCUGUUUCUGGGGGCUCUGCCAUGUGAAAGGGGUGUGGGACAGCAAGUCCUGCCAGCAGGAACAUGCUGGCCCUGUGUGUGCCCCAAGGUGCUGGUAGAGGGGGGACCCUGCUGCCCUGCAGGAUGGCCAGCUAGCUGUGGCAGAGGGACGCUAGUGCAGAAACCCGUGUGCCUGGACUUGCAAGCCAGCCUGGGGCCUCUCCUGUGGGAUAGAGCCCAUAUAACUGGCUGAAUAAAUGGUUGUGGCCCCCCGUG